UUUUAACAAUUAAAAGAGUAGACUCUGAUCUCUUAACAAGCCAAAGAAUCCAUUUCCCGUGCAAGAGAAAAGAAAAAAACGUCAGAACUCACAAGUCACAAGUCACAACAAACCCGAGUAGUCCUAACCCCUCACCUCACUUCUUUCCGUUAUCAUCGAAACAAGCCCCAAUCACACUGAACCUUGAGAGAAAAUGGUGGUGGUGAUAGAGCAGCAAGAGAAUGAGGAUCGAAACGCAAAUCCCUCCAAUGCUGCUGGUAACGACGCUUCCGACGGUUUUGAAACGGCCAGCGAUACCGACCUGGGCAGCGAAACCGGAGGCGAUGACGUCGGUGCUAGCAGCCAUGAUCAACAGCUCGAACAACAGCAACAUCAACAACAGCCGCCGAAGCCAGAGCAUUCGGAGCCGGAACCUGAACAGAGUGUUUCUCCAAGUAAUAGUUUCUCUAGGGAUCCCUUGAUCAACGAGGAAUUGGAGAAGAAAGCAUUGGUUCAAGCAAAUGAGGCAAAGGCAGAAGGGAAUAAGCUUUUUGUGGAUGGGAAGUAUGAGGAAGCAUUAUCCCAGUAUGAACUUGCUCUACAAGUUGCACCUGACAUGCCUUCAUCUGUUGAAAUACUCUCAAUAUGUCAUGCAAACCGUGCUGUGUGCUUUCAGAAACUGGGAAAAUAUGACAACACAGUUAAAGAAUGCACAAAAGCAUUAGAUCUGAAUCCAGUGUAUAUUAAAGCUUUAGUAAGAAGAGGAGAAGCUCAUGAAAAGCUUGAACAUUUUGAAGAAGCCAUUGCUGAUAUGAAAAAGAUUUUAGAAAUUGAUCCCUCAAAUGAUCAAGCUAGGAAGGCCAUCAGGCGACUUGAGCCGCUUGCUGCAGAAAAGCGGGAAAUGAUGAAGGAAGAGAUGAUUGCAAAACUAAAAGACAUGGGAAAUUCUGUCUUGGGCCGGUUUGGGAUGAGUGUCGAUAACUUCAAAGCAGUUAAAGAUCCAAACACUGGUUCCUAUUCUAUCUCAUUCCAGCGUUAAGCCUGGCAGAGCAAUGUCAUAAUAGCAUAUUUAAGUAAGAAAGAUGCAGUCCAUAAUGAUGCAGGUUUGAGGCCUCACUGUGCAUGCAAGGCAUUAGGAAAAGUUGAAUGUUCUUAAAGGAGUUUAGAUCAUCUAAAGUGAAAGUUUGUAAAGUGGGAAAAAUUAAAGGAUAAUCAUUUUCAAUGGAAGUUAUUGAUGGAAGGGUGAUUAUGACUAACUUCUUACUUACUUUCACACCUUACAAAAAAUAAGAGCAUGUGAUGAUUGCUUUUGGUUCAUCCUUAAAGGACAUUGAUAAUGAAUAAAUCCGUGAUAACUAAUUGUGAUUUUUAAUCUGUAUUCAAAUUUCAAAACACAUGAAGAUUGUUACCUCUAGUAAAAUUGAACACAUCAUGUGAUUCUUGUUACAUCAUUCCUUUUUCACUCACCUAAUAAAUUUUUAUCUCCUACUUUUAUUUCAGUGGUGCUAAGCAUUUAAGUAAUGUCCGAGAUGGCCACUGGCUAGUCAAGUACUUCAUGUCAUAGCUAGAAGAUGAUAGAACUAAUCCAUUGCUACAUUCUUUUUUUUUUUUUUUUUUUUUUUUUCUCAAGGCACCUUGGAUUCUGGGUUAUUUAGGUAGUUAGGAAGUUGAACAUUGCUAGAAUCAUGAGUAAGUGCAAACAUAACAGUUCAUGAUGGCAAUAUCUAAGUGUUUUUGGUUUGUUAUAAUCAUGCAAAAAUAAUGUAUCCAAUUUGUAUAUAUAAAAUUUUGUUUUAUUAGUUA